AUGUUCAUCGGUGGGUGUAUCGCGCUGACUACCCUGCUUCUGUGCAUGGGUAUCGCGGGCUCCGUCAACAAUACCGCUGGCGUUACUGCUGCUGUCGGCUUCUACACCAUGUAUAAUUUCUUUUACAAUGUUGGUGUAGGAUCGAACGUCUACGCCAUUGCAGGCGAAAUACCGACCUCCGCCCUUCGCACAAAAACCCUCGCCGUCUCUCUCAUCUCGUCGAACGCUGUCAAUACAAUGUGGUCAUUUGUUGCACCAUACAUGUUCAACCCUGGGUAUGGGAACCUGAAAGCCAAGGUUGGGUUCGUUUUCGGCGGUUUCAUGGCCUUCUUCAUUGUCGGCGCAUACUUAUAUGUGCCCGAGACGCGGCUGCGUACGUAUGAAGAGCUGGAUGAGCUGUUCAUGAAUCGGGUGCCUACGCGCCAUUUCAAGAGUUACGUGACAGUUGCUGAGCGGCGUGCUGCGGAGGCAUAUGCCGCAAAAGAAAAGGCCCCAGCUCCUGAGGCGAAGGUGGAGGUAUAA